AUGGAAACUUCAAGCAAAAUCUUUGAGGGUAUGAAGGCAUUACAAGUUUGUGCUUUGAAUCGUCUGUUGAUAUCUCUGUCUACAUUUCAGUUUCAUAUGAACCUUCAGACUUUGUGUUUGAUUGAUUGUGAACUCUCUGACAUCUCAAUGCUUGGGAAGCUGAAGACACUUCAUAUUCUCUCUUUAAGUAGAUCUGAUAUCACUGAAUUGCCGACUGAAGCUGGUGAUUUGGAAAAUCUAAGACUGUUGGAUUUAUCGUAUUGCUAUGAACUACGAAGAAUCACUCCUAAUUUAAUACGAAGAUUGUCCAAUUUAGAAGAACUAUACUUGCAUGGUUGUAGUUCAUUAAAAUGGGCGACUGAGAAUUCAACUAAAAGGGAAAGCUAUUCCAGCCUAUCAGAGUUGAAUUUAUUGCCAAAGUUGGUUGUAAUAUCAUUGGAUAUUUCUUCUGAACAUCUUCCAGACGGCUUUGUGUUUCGUACAUUACCGACCUUUGAUUUUUGCAUUGGCAUAGAAAGAGAACGGUGGUACCAAAAGAGAGACCUUGAAACUUGUCCAAUCUCAAGAUCUUUGAGAAUCUAUAAGUCUGUAGAUGCAUGCAAGCAACUACUUGAAGAUGUAGAAUUUCUUCAAUUGAAUAAGGUGGAGGGUCACCCAAACCUUAUUCCGAGCUUGAACUUGGGAUUUAGAAAGUUGACUUCUCUAAAUCUUCGACAGUGCCACUUUAUGCAAUGCCUAAUUGAUGCAUCAAAGCAGCAAGUGCCAAUCACUGCACUCUCUAAUUUGAGAAAGUUAUCAUUAAGUCAUAUGUUUCAUUUGGAAGAGAUGUGCAAUGCUCCCCAGCCGCAAGGGUUUUUACGAAAGCUUGAAGAGGUUAUAGUUUCAGAUUGUGGUGAGAUGCAAGUGUUAUUCCCAAUUGCUGAAUUGAGGAGCAUAGAACAAGAAGGGCCCAGUCGUUAUUUAAGCCUCCAAAGUCUGAAGAUUGUUAAAAUAGAGGGAUGCAAUAAUUUGAAAUAUAUCUUCCCAAUGUCAGUAGCUAAUAGCCUUGGUCUUGGGCAAUUGCAAACUCUGAGGAUAGAGAGAUGUUCCCAAUUGCAAGAAAUAAUCCAAGGACCAGAAGUGUUAAUCUCAAUGUCUCAAGGUCUUGCACGAUUGAAUAAAGUUGUGUUGAUUAAUUUGCCUCAAUUGAAAGGAAGGGGUAGAAACGACAUCGUGCUGACAUCGCCAUCUUUACAUUUGUUAGAAGUGAGAGAUUGUCCUCAAUUGACACCUUUUAUCGUUCCAACUAAUAUACAAGUAUUGGAGUUCUCAGAGAUGAUAGAAAAGAAGCAAAUAAACAACGUGACAGUCCCUGAAAGGAGAGGAGGAACAUCAACAUGCUUGCACAAACUAACUGAAUUGCGGGUGAUAUGGACUGGUCCCAUCCAAGUUGAACACUUUCAAAAUCUCACUCAAUUGCUAGUCUAUGACUGCAGAAGGUUAAGAUACAUCUUUUCACCUACCAUCGCUCGAAAUUUGCCACAAUUGGGGAUUUUACAGAUAUCUGACUGUGAGGAAUUGGAGCAAAUAAUUAAGAAGGAUCAAACUUCAUCACAACAUCAUCUCCAACCUAUCUGCUUCCCUAAAUUGAAUUGGAUUAAAAUCUGUAACUGUGAAAACUUGAAAUGUAUCUUCCCCAUUACUCUUGCUCAUGGCGGUCUUCCAAACCUAUGGGACUUAGGCCUUGCAGGGGUCCCCAAAUUAGAGCAGGUGUUUGAAGGAGAUGAGACAAAUCUGAAUAAGGAAGAAGAGAAAGUGAUACGCCUACCUCUGCUCUACUCCUUAACGCUUGAUUACCUACCAAACCUCUGCAUGCCAAAACACAGGUACACUGUUGGUGCUGUAACUGAAACUAACAGAUUCAGCACAGACUUGUCGAGCAAGUCUCGAGACUUGCUGAGCAAACAAGAGAAUUCGAGCAAGAGAAAGGAAGAAAAGCUAAGAGAAAUGAAGAGAAAAAUUGAUGAACAAACUGAACUUCAUUCAUCAAAUUGA